ACAUUAACACCAAGCUAAGGUGCUCCAAGAGUUUCGAGGCAAAACUCAGCCAGAUUUAGCAGAGAGCUUUCUAAAUAUAUCACAAAUAGCACUUAGUGGUGGUGGGAAAGGAAAGAAGCAUUACCACAAGGUGAUCCCUCUACAAUAUACGGUAGUUAGUGGUUACUAGUGAGCAGUAUAAUCAUAACCUUCGUCUUCAUUUUGUCACAGAGAGCUGAGUUUUUGGUUAGAGAUUUUAGAUUGAUUAGCAGUGGCAAUAUGUCUCUUAGAAUUUCCUUCUCGGUUCUUGCAAUCACAUUGUUGCUUGUUGGAACUUCUGCAGAUGAUCUUGUAGAAGAGCUUAAUUCAAUUUCAUUUGGUUAUACCGGAGUCCAUGGCCCUGAAAAGUGGGGAAGCUUGAGUCCAUUAUUCUCGGCAUGCUCAAAUGGGAAAAGGCAGUCCCCUGUGAACAUAGUGAAGAACAAAGUUGUUCGUAACAAGAAUUUGAAACCCUUAACCAGAGAUUACAGAACUGCAAAUGCCACACUGGUCAACAAUGGGUUUAACAUUGGGUUGUUUUUUGAGGAAAAUGUGGGAGUCUUGGUUGCAGAUGGGAAGAACUUCAGCUUGAAGCAAAUGCACUGGCAUUCUCCUUCUGAGCACAGGAUUAAUGGAGAACAAUUUCCAACUGAGCUUCAUAUGGUCCACAAGGCAGCUGAUGGCAGCUUCGCAGUUGUGUCAAUCCUCUACCAAUAUGGUGAUGCUGAUCCCCUACUUUCCAAGAUUAAGAACGAGUUGAAUGAACUGGCUAAGGAAGUGUGUGCAAAGAAUGAAGAGUCUCAUAUUCCCGUCAAGGCCUUGGAUACAAAGCACAUGGAGAAAAAGACCCGCAAGUAUUACAGAUACAUUGGUUCACUCACCACUCCUCCAUGCACCGAGAAUGUCACCUGGAGCAUCCUCGGCAAGGUGAGAUCAAUAUCAAAGGAGCAGGUCGAGCUUCUUCAGGCACCUUUGGACUCUACUUGCAAGAAAAACUCAAGGCCUUUGCAAGAACUGAAUGGGCGACAGAUUGAGCUAUUUGCUGAGCUUGGCGACAGUUAAUCUUACAAUCAUUUUCACCAUCUAAUUGACAUCAAUAUCUUCUGUAAAGGGGACCAAAAGGAAUGAAACCAAAAAAAAAAAAAAUUGCUUUAUGUUUUCUUAGCUUAUAUAUGAAUAUUCAGAGGUGCCAAUUAACCAGUAGAGCUACAAACCUUUUAGCUUCAUCUAUUAACACGUUAUGUACAUUAGGGAAUGGAAAUCUACUUGAGUAAUUUUCUGUCU